AUUCCACACCCGCUUUCAGCCCCUACAUUAUAUACAAUUCUAUUGCAAUGACACGCGUCGCCAAGCCUGCGCCCAAGAGACCCGACGAGGGCACCAAAGAGUUCAAGCCGAAGCCGCUGAUGCUCAAAAAGUCUGAGAUUGAGCAGAUCAAGCGCAAGCAGCAGCAGGAGCAGCGCGGCAAGCGGCAGCGCGGGCCCGACGACAGCACAACUGACACAUCCAAGCGGCAACGUUCCGAGAACGCAAAGUCAAAGCGGUCGGAGAAGCGGAAGGAGCUGCGGAAGCAGCAAAAGGAGAAGAACUUCACGUGCUUUCUGUGUCGGCAAAAGGGCCACAGCGUCAAGAACUGCCCAAAAUCGCAGGACGCAGCCGUCGGCAUCUGCUACCACUGCGGAUCCGAUGACCACACGACGAAGAACUGCCCGACGCCUGGAAAGACCUUCCCCUAUGCCAUCUGCUUUGUGUGCGGCGACACCGGCCACCUCUCGUCCAAGUGCGCGAAAAACGAGCGCGGGCUGUAUCCGGACGGGGGGUGCUGCGCGUACUGCGGAUCGACAGAGCACCUGAAGAAAGACUGCAAGCCAACGCAGAACAAGGAGCUGGCCCAGACUAUCGGAACCGUGGAUGCCUCGCAAGGCGGCGAUGACGAUGAUGUGUUUGUAGCAUUGAAGCGCCAGCAGCAGGACAAGACCGCCACAGCCAAGCCUGUUCAAAAGAAGGCAGCGAAAAAGGUGGUCAACUUUUGAGAGAGGCAGUACAUGAAAGAGCGCUUAAUAAAAGGGUCCGAAUUCUG